AAGCAGAAGCUCUGUGGUGCAGUGGGUCAGUAGGUCAUCUGCUUCAUCAGGUCCAGGGACAAAUGAGGGCGGGUCAUAACUUCCCAGAGGGUUGUCUUUUUCCCCACUAGCACAGCCUAACUGUGCCCUCCAGUGGACAGACAUGUGGACUUGUUUUUAGUUGAUGUAGUUUACAAAUAUUUUUAGUGUGUCGUGGAUAGAAACUUUUUCUUUCUUCUUUUCCCCCUUUUUUUAUAAUGUUUACUCUCAUGGCGACACUUAGAGGGGAAAAGUCUUGCUUGUGUUUGAGUUUGAACGGCAAGAGCUGCGGCUGGAUCAGUGCAGCCGCCUUUGCGUCUCUACACUGAAGAAAGCAGCAGAAGAAGCGCCUCUGGUUGGGCAGCGCUUCAGACACACAAAGUACAGCGGGAAGGAGCAGAAGGACGACUUAUUAAGCAGAUCUGAAGAUUCUUGGAAUUACUUAUUUCACUUUUAAAGGAGCCUGUUUGCUGCUGCAUGACCUCACCUGACAAAUUACUGGAUGUGUGCAGGUCACCUAAGCUCUGGUCUGGACGAAGAGCAACAAGUACCUGCAAGGCCGCUUCCCCGGCCCAAUCUCUGUUAAUGCAAGAUGGGCAACUUUUCCACCAAGGACAACCAUGGGAACACAGGGGCACCUUUGGAGAGUUUCCACACUCCACCUUCAUCUCCUCAGAGCAGCAUUCCCCAACUUCCACUUCCUGCCACAUCACCUACUUUAUCCCCAUCACCAGCUGCAACUAUCACUUUGAGUGGGAAGAAACCACACCAAUGCUCUCCAAAGAGCCCUAUCCCCCCUCCUGACUGGAAGCCUCCUCCACCAGGUGGCCCAAGCAGCUCUGCAGUCAGUCCUGCAGUGAGCCCUGUUCUCAAGAAAACUGGCAGUAUUGUGGCAGGCAAGGGGCAAGCUUCUUCAGGGAGAAAUGGCGGCCUACCGACCCCUACAUCCAGAACUUCAGGCUCCCAAGUGAAGAGUGUGGCGGUUAGUCCUAUAAAGAGUCCUUCGUCGGUGUGCAGCGCGCCACCUUCCACCAGCUCUGUGGAGCAGAGCAAGAAAGAAAGAAACAGUAGUCUGAAUGAGUCCCUUCUGCUGGGUAAUGAAGACAAAGACAAACAAAGCAAAGAACUAGCAAAACUGCUGGAGGAGUGCCGGACUACACUGGGUGUUACAGACAGAAAGGAUGGGACCACAAACACAACAGAGAUACUAAAGCAACUGCUUACUGAAGUGAAAAGUUUAAAGACUACUUUGCAGACAGAACGUGGGGAAUGGCUGCAGUUCCAGGCAGACUUUCAGGUGGCCGUGUCAGUGGCUGACCGCCUGAAAGCCGAGGCAGAAGAGGAGCUUACGGUGUUAAGAAUGGCCCACAAGGAAAUUCAGAUGGAGCUGACUGCUGCUCAGCAGAGACAGAAAGAGGCUGAAAAUCAGCUCGUCACUCUACAAGGAGAACUAAAGGAAACCAGACAAAAACUGUCUGUUUUUACCGAGGUUCAAGACAAAACUGAAGUUCACACACGACAGGAGCUAAAGAGAUCCAAUGGAGAAUCCAAUGUCUCUGAAAGCAAAGAGGGGACCAAUCGGGGCAGGGUCAGGGGAUUGUGCAGGCUUAGGGGAGAAAGGAUGGAAAGUAAGAGUCAGAAUCUCGUAGUGAAGAAUGUUGUUGAGGACGAUUCAAUAAUAGACUCUAAAGGUAUGACUAGAAGUUCCCUGAGAAAUGUGACCAAUGAGGAUCAGGACGGACCAGAUGUUCAGUCCAGUAAUUCACGAAGGGUAACAACUUCAGAGAGGUCAAGAAGCCUGUCUAGAUUGCCUGCGUCUUCAGACAAUGCUGCCAACCAGAAUGGAACCUUCCAGAUUAACUCCACUUCAACACUGGGGUCAACCAACAGGAACUUGGGGCAACUAAGAGGAAGAAAAAGUCUAGAUUGGCAAGAUGGCAAGUUUUCCAGUGAUGCUGGAAAACGUGAAGAGUCUCUAAAUAAGUACAACUCAGCCCUCACCGAGCUGCCACCCACAAAGUCCCAGGAUGGUUUCAACCUACUGCUACGUCGCCAUGGAGGCUCAAAGAGAAACUCGCUGCUCCGCUGGUGUCAGAGCAGAACCCAAGGAUACAAGAAUAUUGACAUCACAAACUUCAGCAGCAGCUGGGCAGAUGGCCUUGCAUUCUGUGCUGUCUAUCACACCUACCUCCCUUCACACGUCCCUUACAGCAGCCUUAGUCCUGAGAACAAGCGAGAAAAUCUCAGCCUGGCAUUCAAAACAGGAGAGGCUGUGGGGAUUUCCCCAUCACUGACAGCAGAUGAGAUGCUGCGAGCUGGUGGGCCUGACUGGCAGAGGGUGCUGGGUUAUGUGGAGAGCAUCUAUCAUCACUUUGAGAUGUGAUUGCAUGAGAUGCUGAGGCGAUAGACGGGGAAUAUUUUGAAGAAUGUACACAUUUUUUAUAACUUCCACCAGUUCUGCCAAAUGGUGGCAAUAAUUGAUAGUUAAUAGGCAACUUGGCAUUUUGGUCCAGAUAUAAUUAUUCUGGAAAAGGUCAAAACAACGGGUUAUUACCUGCGUUGUGUGCUUUAACAGCUACUGGCUCUUGUAAUAAAAUCAAGGAAGUGCACUAUACAAAAUGUAUGACCAAUAGUUGAAGACAAACAAAGGAUCCAAAAAUUACUUACACUUAGCGAUUUCUUAGAUAUUUAUCUUUUAAAAUGAGAAUGAUCAAUAAAGGGCUUAUUUCAUGACUUUUAAGAAUUUUCUUUGAAAUUUUCUUUCCAAAAGAUAUUCAAAAAACAUACAUUUUUGUUUAGUUCCCUAAAAAAUCAGAAAGCAAACAGAAGGCAGUCCAAAAACAAGUUGAAGAAUAAUAAAGUCAUCUGUUGGACAGUGCAGAACAGAAUU